AGCUCCCGGCUGUUUCACUCCGAGAGGCUUGCAUUCGGACUCCUCCAUCGGUCUGGGUUCAUGACCCGCCGGUUAGAUUGCAUUCCGAGCUUGCGCAUUUUCCAGACUUCCUACUUGUCUUCACAUACCCAACUUCUUGACCCUCUCAAUACGUGAAUCAACCUCGCUCUGCCUGAACCCGUGCUAUUUCAUCGAGUCGUGAGGAAAUACGGCGGUAUAAGUUCGACCUCCGGAGUGCCCCACAAGAUGACCGUCUUAGUACCCCGGAAGAUCAUCCUCAAGCGCAUAGCGCACACGUACUAUAAUUACACAAAUCUCGAGAAAGCAGUGCAAUUUCUAAAGGACUUCGGGUUUACAGAAGAGAAAAGAGUCGGCGACGACAAGGUGUACUUGCGCGGCUACGGCACGGAACCAUGGGUCAUCUGCGCCGUGAGGGCCAACAAGGACGAAUUUGGCGGCGUCGGGUAUGUGGUCGAAUCCGAGGAAGAUCUCCAGCACGCAGCAGAGACUUUGCCCAAGGCGAGUAAGAUAUAUGAGCUGGCCGAUGCGCCUGGAAAGGGUAGAUGUGUCACGUUCCUCGAUCCGGUAGACGAGUCUCCCUUCCACCUGGUGUACGGACAGGAGACUGUGGAGAUGCUUGAUAUUCCACUGCCCCACGAGGCUGUCAACUAUCCGACCGAGAAGAACAGAGCAGUCAAUAAAACGCAACGCUUCAGGAGGCGGCCAGCUCCUGUGCAUAAGCUCGGCCACUGGGGUCACUGUACAACUGAUUUUGCUAAAUCUUUCGAAUUCUACACAACACGUUUCAACUUCCGCCCAAGCGAUGCGAGUAUUUCCUUGCACACAAUCCUCCCUGUUUCUUUGUCUUUCAAGCUGGCGCAUUGCUUACAUGGUAUCCAGAUCGUCCACGACGAAGACGGCGCCGAUGUCACGUCUUUCUUCCGCCUAGACCGCGGCAAGGAGCAAGUCGAUCACCACUGCUUCUUCUUUUAUCAAGGUCCCAAAUUCAAGGUCCAUCACACAUCAUACGAAACGCACGACUUCAACACCCAGGUUCUCGGACACGACUGGCUGCGAGAGAAAGGCUACAGAAAUUGCUGGGGUGUCGGAAGACACGUGUUGGGUAGUCAGAUAUUCGAUUACUGGUUUGAUACGGCGGGCUUCAUCAUGGAGCACUACGUCGACGGCGACUUGAUGGAUGAUACAGAACCCACAAAACGAUCAAAGGCGUCUCCUGAUGGUCUUCAUGUCUGGGGACCGGAUGUACCAAGUCAUUUCUUGGCAGGCGGGACCGAGUAGGUCGCGUCCCUGGCAUAGAGGGUUCGGACAUAAGCGUCGUAUUUUGAUGAAAGAAGCCAAAAACACAAACUGGUCGCUACAUGAUGCAAGUGUCACGACAGCAUCUUUCGAACAAGACAGGCCGUAGACUUUGAGCAUUAAUUAAUUCGUACUAUCAUGAUAAACCGUCCUACAUCGCGCUAGCCCUCAGCGUCACACAUUCACUCAUCCCCGUAACCGGCUCAUCGACGGAUCGUACAGUGGCUCAGGGGUUACGGUGGCCUUGAUCCGCCGUCCAAAAUACUCUAGCUCCACCGAAUCGCCCUCUUGCACCGCGCUAGGUAGGUAUGCGUAUGCUAUGGGCUUGCCGACCGUGUAGCCAAACGCCGCACUCGUGACAUAGCCCUGCGGGCUACCAUUGACGAAUACCGGCUCCUUGCCGAGUACCAUCGAACGUCC